GAGGAGGAGUGGGGGAGGUGAAAGAUGGGGAAGAAGGUGGCGGUGGUGCUGUGCGCGGCGGCGGCGGCGGUGGCGGCGACCGGGGCGGCGGUCGUGGUGAGGAGGCAGAUGAAGAGAUCCGGUAAGUGGGCCAAGGCCAUGGCCAUACUGAAGGAGUUCGAGGACAUGUGCGGGACCCCAAUCGGGAAGCUGCGCCAGGUGGCGGACGCCAUGACCGUCGAGAUGCAUGCCGGCCUCGCGUCCGAGGGCGGCAGCAAGCUCAAGAUGCUCAUCAGCUACGUGGACAAUCUCCCCACUGGGGAUGAGCAAGGAUUGUUUUAUGCAUUGGACCUGGGUGGUACAAAUUUCCGGGUCCUUCGUGUUCAGUUGGGAGGAAAAGAGAAGGGUGUUGUUUCACAAGAAUUUGACGAAGUUUCAAUACCUCCUCACUUAAUGACGGGAUCUUCAGAAGAUUUAUUUGAUUAUAUUGCCGCAGCACUUGCGGAGUUUGUUGCCACAGAAGAUGAAGGUUCUCAUCCUUACCCUGGUAGGCAAAGGGAGCUGGGCUUUACCUUCUCCUUCCCAGUUAGGCAAACAUCUAUAUCAUCAGGGACAUUAAUCAAAUGGACAAAGGGCUUUUCCAUUGAAGAUGUGGUUGGGGAGAACGUUGUGGGUGAACUGACCAAAGCAUUGGAAAAAAUUGGCCUCGACAUGCGUGUAACAGCUUUGGUUAAUGACACAAUCGGAACAUUAGCUGGGGGUAGAUACUACAACACUGAUGUAAUUGCUGCUGUCAUUUUGGGUACUGGAACAAAUGCAGCUUAUGUGGAAAGGGCUCAGGCAAUUCCUAAGUGGCAUGGUCCUCUGCCUAAAUCAGGAGAAAUGGUCAUUAACAUGGAAUGGGGCAACUUCAGGUCGUCUCACCUGCCCCUGACAGAGUACGAUCAGGCGCUGGAUACUGAAAGUCUAAACCCAGGAGAGCAGAUUUUUGAGAAGAUAAUAUCAGGCAUGUACUUGGGAGAAAUUGUUCGUAGAGUCUUACUGAAAAUGGCUGAAGAAGCUUCAUUUUUCGGCGACAAUGUUCCUCCUAAAUUAAGAGUCCCUUUCAUAUUAAGGACACCGGACAUGUCUGCUAUGCAUCAUGACACAUCUUCCGAUCUUAAAGUUGUUGGGAACAAACUGAGGGAUAUCUUAGAGAUAUCCAAUACUACCUUGAAGAUGAGAAAAGUGGUCGUUGAGCUCUGUGACAUCAUUGCCACUCGUGGAGCUCGCCUAUCUGCUGCUGGAAUAGUUGGGAUCCUGAAGAAACUGGGAAGAGACAGCACAAGGGAGGGAGCAGAGCAGCAGAAGUCGGUAGUAGCGCUUGACGGCGGUUUGUUCGAGCACUAUACAAAAUUUAGUGCCUGCAUGGAGAGCACUCUAAAGGAGUUGAUUGGAGAGGAAAUCGCGCAAAACAUUGUUAUUGAGCAUUCAAACGACGGGUCUGGCAUAGGAGCUGCCCUAUUAGCAGCUUCGCACUCCCAAUAUCUCGAGGCUGAGGAGCGUUGAUCUCUUCUUUCUUUGUAUAAUUUUUUCAUUUCCCUGAUUCUUGAGACAUCUUGUGGAGUAUUUAGAGCUCUUCUUACUCCCAAGGAGUCACCCGAAAUUUAGUCUUGCGGAGCAGAGAACAAGCACUUGGGUUAUAUAGGCAGCUUGGAUUUGUCUCUCAGGGGCGCGGAUGUUCAUGUGCUGCUGCUGGUUAUCACUUUCUUGGAUUGUAGCAAUAUGAUGGUGGUAAGGUAGAGUUCCUAUCUACUGAACUGGUGAAUAAAUGGGGAAGCAAAACUGCAGUUGGGGAGUUUUUUUUUUCCUUUUUACUUUGCGAGACCCAAAGAGAAAGAGAAAAGUUCUUGUUCUUACAAUGAAUAAGAUAGUUUGUUCUGGGGGUAAUAGAACGUUGAGAUUCCUGGUA